GAAGAAAACAAAAUAUUAUUCAAUAAUUUGAUAUAGUAGUCAGAGAAAUAAAAAAGAGGUCAAAAGGGUUAACAACAACCCACAACCCACCCGGCCACCGUCGUCUCUUUCAAUCCAGACGUCGUUAGUCGAUGAUAACUUUUACUCUUGAAAAUUGAAAAAAAAAGAAGGAAACGUGGAAUGGCUUGUACGCACGAUUAUUACCAAUCGCUAUGAUCAUCCUCACCGACACUCAGAAAGAAUUCAACAAACUUCAAAUUCCUAGAAUCUCAAUUGUCAGUCAGGGUUUGUGAUUGAACCAAAGGACUUAGUUAAUGGAAGAGGAGUUUCCAGGUGCAGUUGGCACAAGCGCAAGCUUAGCCCUACGAUUAGGCCAGGCCAUCUUCUCCCUUGCUUCACUCCUCUUCAUGUGUGUCGGUGUUGAAUUCUAUGCCUAUACCUCCUUCUGCUUCUUGGUGACAAUCAAAGGUUUAACAAUACCAUGGAGUUUGACACUGGCAAUGGUUGAUGCCUUCUCAGUGUUUGUAAAACGGCCAUCUCGUCAACUACAAAUAGUGUCCAUCAUCGUUAUAGGCGAUUGGGUUCUAUCAUUCCUAUCACUAGCGGCAGCAUGCUCAACAGCAAGUGUGGCUGAUUUCAUGAUCACAGAAGCAAGCGCCUUCUUUUGUGGCAAAAAAUUGUGCAGCAGAUAUCAGCUGUCGGCUGCAAUGGCCUUCUUGUCUUGGUGCUUGUCUACAGGCUCCGCUCUUUUUAAUCUUUGGCUUCUCCCUUCUUUAUAUACUCAUUUGUAGAUAAAACUUAUUCCCAAUAUAGGAUACAUGUAUAGUUUGCAUAUGCAAGAAAAACCAUAAAAAAAAAACAACUUUUAUAGCUUAGCUUUCAACAUUUAUAUCACAUUUGUGCACCCGAGUUCAGGAACUGAACAAGGGUAAAUUUGUAAAUGUGUUCUUCAAGUGAAAAUAUUAUUCUGUUUGUUCAAA